AUGCACGAGAAGCCUCAGCCCGAGGGCAAGCCGCUGUUGGUGACCAUGGCGGUGCAUCAACCCGGAGAAGGGAAAGGAAAAGGAAAAGAUGGAGGCGAGAAAGGCAAAGGCACAGGCAGCAAGGUGUCCAAGACGGCCGCCCUUCCGGCCGGCUUGGUGGGCACUGUGCCCACUGCUUCCGCCGCCACCGAAGGUGGUAAAAAACCAAAGAAGGAGGUGCCCACAGGCUCUCAAAUUUGUGUGCGAAACUUGUCCAAGGACGCAAAGGAGGAAGAUCUCCGGAAACAAUUCAAAGGCUUUGGUAAAAUCACCGACGUCUCUGUGAAAACAUUCGAGAACGGCCAAGGGAAAGGAUAUGGCUUCAUCACCUUUAAAAAGCUUGAGGAGGCGCAAAAAGCUAUUGAGGGAAUGCACGAUAAGCCUCAGCCGGAGGGCAAGCCGCUGUUAGUAACGAUGGGAACUCGUCAACCCGGAGAAGGGAAAGGAAAAGGAAAAGAUGGAGGCGAGAAAGGCAAAGGCAAAGGCGGCAAAGGCAAAGGCGAAGCACAGGGACAGUGUCCUUACGGCAACUAUCCCUACUCGCAGGAACAGGGCAAGCAGCUGUCGCUGACCAUGGCCACCCGUCAACCCGGAGAAGGAACCGGGAAAGGAAAAGAUGGAGGCGAGAAAGGCGGCAGAGGUGACGGGCAGCAAAAUGCGCCCGCGCCGUAUCAGUAUCCUUACGGCUACUAUCCGUACUCGCAGGAACAGGUUCAGGCCUGGGCCAUGCAGCUGCAGUACUAUCAACAAGCUCAACAGGCACAACAGGCUCAACAGGCCCAACAGGCUCUGCAGGCUCAGGCCUACUAUCGCGGCUUGACCGGUGGCGUCAUCAUCCCCCGCGAGGCGGCCAUUUCUUCAGCGUCUGACCCUGCCUCAGAUGCACGUCCGUUUCUCGGGGAAAGUGCGGCACCUGCAGCUGGUGCGGCACCCUCGUCUGACAAGGUGUACACAGGUCAAGUGAAAUCGAUCAGCAAUAAAAACGGCUACGGUUUCAUCGCCUGUAGUGAGACAAAGGCUCUCUAUUCGCGGGACGUCUUCGUAGACGCCACGUUGUUGCCUGAUGUCCAGGUGAAUUCCAAGGUGAAUUUCACUGUGGAGCUCAGCCAGAAGGGCCAUCCACGGGCUUCCAAGGUGGUGAAGAUUGCAGAUGACUAGGC